UCAACCUCGUCUUGAAUCUAUUAUUUAUGGUCACUGAAAGGAACUGCAAAAUAGAGUAUUCCUAACAUGAUCUGGAACAACUUGGUAGUCAACUGGCCUGUCUGUGCAGGCUUGAAGAUUUACUGGUCUACCUGCGAGCGAACUGGCAAUUCAAUGGUCGACCUGUCGGCCUUCAAUUUUACUGGUCUACCUAUAGACUAGAUAAAGUGGACUAGCAGUAAAGUUGCCCAUUGGCUUAUCAUUGUAUCCAUCCACGCGAUAAACGUGGUACAGAGAUGAACAGUUCGUCCAAUUCAUCGAGUUCUCUUCAGAAUCAAAGUGCGCCAAGCCACAACAAUGCCGGUUGGUGUACUGCCUUCGCAGUGGAAGCCAUCAUCAUAACUAUUGGUAACAUUAUCUCCAUUUUAGCUCUAAUUUACAUGAAAUCCCCGCGCAAGCUGCGACGAUGGUUUCUCGUUAGUUUGAGCAUCGCUGACCUGUUUGUGGGGGCGUUGGCCCUUCCAAUGUACGUCUACUUCCUUAGUGCGUCAAGCCAAACGAUGAACAAGACUCUCCUCCUCUUCCAGUUUGCUUACAAUGCAGUAGAUAUAUUUUCUGGUCUUGCCUCGGUGUUCACGCUGACUGUGAUAUCGUUGGAGCGUCUAUACGCUGUACUCCUGCCACUAAUUCACCGUUCUACCCGAAGGAGGUAUUAUAUGAUUGUCAUUGGUAUAUUGUGGUUCUUGGCCGCCUUGAUUUCUGGGUUGUUUUGGAUGACCAACGUGGUUCAGAUGCUACCACCGGGGCUAUUCAUCUACACAAUGACAAUAUGUUCUUUUGCUUCCGUUGGAAUCAUCAUCGUGGUGUAUGUCGCUGUUUGGAUCAAAAUCAAAUUCUUUUUACACAAAAGAAGCAGGUUGCUUGGGCCUGGUGAAGAGAGAAACAUUUUCAUCGCUCUUGGGAUCGUUACGGUAGUUUUUGUCGUCACAUGGCUUCCCUUUAACAUCAUGAAUCUUAUCGCUAACUUCCAUGUCUCACUUCUCAAAAACUUGUCCUUUAAUGUGAUAUUUUUCGUCAAACUUCUUCACUAUAGUAACAGUGCUAUCAACCCGAUUGUUUACUCGCUCAAAAUUCCCGAAUUUCGCAGGUCUUGCAUUUCACUUUUCACUAAAACUGAGCAUGAUUAUCUUCUCAAAACGAGGGAAACGAGACUGUGAUUUGGUGGUCCAUAAUGUCACUGGUUCGCUUGGUACCAGCCUGACUGGCACUACUAAGAGAAAUGUGUCUUAGAGGGAAUGCAAAACCUCCUGUAUAUGGGGCAACAAAGUUCCCAUGUCAUGCAAGAUUAUGGGACAUCAUGGCCAGUGUCCCUGUUUGGUACACGUUGAGGAAAUGUGUACAGGCUCCUGCUAUAUACUUGGGCUAAAAAGACCCUCAGUAACAGUGUUCAGUGUUCCCUCUUGGUCAACAUUGUUAAAGUGUGUACGAGCUCCUGCUAUAAUUGAACCAAGACGUCCCUCUACCAAACAGCAACAUAAGAGUGAUUUGUGUCCCUCCUGCUUGGUUUACAUUAAGGAAGUUUGUACGAGCUCCUACUAUACUUGAGCCAAGAAAGUCCUUAUACCAACAACAACAUGGGGAAAGAAAGGAUGUACCUUGCCCUUGCUAUCACUUGGGUCAAUAGAUUCCCUAUACCAAACACCAACAACAUUUGAAAUGAGUUAAUAUUUCCCUGCUUGGUCCUUUUUGAGGAAGUGUGUACGAGCUCCCACUAUACUUUAACAAGAAUGUAUGAUGUAAUACGGUAGACCUUGCGCAUGCUAUAUAGCUGAUAAUGUCCAUGGGCGCACAUGAACGGUUUUGCUGCCGGCAAUGAAAACUGCCUUUUUACCAAGCAGUAACUAAAGUCCACUAAAUAAACAACUAUCUGACAUAGA